AUGCAGAAGAUGAGAUUCGACCUUACAUUCGUGGACGCUAGACGGCGCCAAGAUCAUAUCGCUGCAGUGGCAUAUAUACAUCUACGAAAAGCAUGUGAAUGGAUCGAUCUAGCCCGGAUUCUCGGUGCCGAGAUUAUUCAAGUGCCCGCUUCUUUCGAUCAUAAUUCGUUGUCGGUCAGUGAUGACCAGAUCAUCGAAGAGCUCCGUCACCUCGCGGAUGCUGGGUUACCAGGAGAAGGCACCGAUGAAGCGACAGUUACCAUGGCCUACGAUCCCAUGUCAUGGAGCGUAAGAAGCAACGCAUGGCAGCACGCUCUCGACCUGAAGCAUCGGGUUUCAAGACCAAACUUCAAACUUUGCCUGGACACUUAUCAUAUCCUGAGCAAGCUCUGGGCACAUUGUACUAUGCCUAAUGGGAGAAUCCCCGGGGCGACGAAGCGCUCCAACGAUGCUGAGCGCAUGGACCCUCCCGUUCCUCAUCAAGAACUCAGAUCAAUGGGAAAGCACUAUGCGUGGCAUUGGUCGGGCGUGGGGAGGAUAUUUCCUCUAGAAGCGGAGUGUGGUGCAUACCUGCCCAUGCUCGACAUCGUGCGGACUUGGCUCGUAGAUCUUGGAUGGUCGGGAUGGGUCAGUAUGGAAAUUUCCCACCACUCGAUGGAUGAAGAAGAGCGAGGGCCGCGGUAUUGGGCAGAACGAGGCAUGAAAUCUUGGGAGAGACUGCAGAAAGCUUUGACAAGUUCCGAACCGACUAACUAG